AUAUUACAUAUCAUUAAUAUCAUGUUGGCUAUUUACUUUGGUUGGAUAAUUUUGCACGACAAAACAUUUUAGAUACCUACAUACAUACUGUUAGUUAAAUACUAAUAAAACUAAGCUCGAGUAUAUAAAAAAAAGAGUAGAUUGUGAAAAAUCAGUUCAAUUAAAAAAGAAAGCCAGAUAGCAAUCAGAAAGUGACUAUUAAAAAAAUUAAGAUGUGUGAUUUUGGAGAAAUCAAAAAUUUAGCUUGUGCAUCUAGGGAAGAGCAGAAACGUUUUUUUUGUUCAUUUGAUCAUGUACUUUCAGAUAUGGAUGGUGUAAUAUGGCUGGCAUACAAACCAUUUUCAGGAGCAUCCGAGUGCAUAACGGGUUUAAAAAAUCUUGGAAAAAGAGUUACUUUUGUCACCAACAACGCCACAGUUCGGAUUGAGACUAUGCAUCAAUUAUUACAGAAAUUUCAGUUUCCUGUAAAUAAAGAAGAUAUCGUGAACCCAUCUGUAGGGUACAUCGAUUAUUUAAAAAAGAAGAAAUUUAAUAAACAAAUAUUCGUCAUUGGUGGUCAAGGUCUAAAAGAUGAGUUACUAGAUGCCGGUUUUAAAUUAGCACCCAGUUCUUCAGAUCCUAUCGCUGAAACUGUGCCUGCCGUAAUUGAAGCGAUAGAUGAUAACGAAGAAAUUGGAGCAGUUAUCGUGGAUUUUGACAUCAAUCUAACUUUGAUGAAACUGCAAAAAUGUUUGACAUAUCUGAGGAGGACAGAUUGUUUAUUUAUAAUUGGUACAGGAGAUAAAACCGUGCCAUUUACUCAAAAUGGACCCAUUAUAGGUAAUCAUUAUUUUUUUCAAAGCUUGAAAGAAAUUAGCGGUAGAAAUCCAUACCAAAUGGCAAAACCAUCUUCGGACUUUAACGAUAUUAUCGUUAAAAAAUAUUUCAUAAGUGAUCCAAGCAGAGUGUUGUUUUUAGGAGAUUCGAUCAACGAAGACAUGAAAUUUGCAAGUAUCGGUGGUUACAAAAAGCUACUGGUUUUGACAGGCAGUGCCAAAAAAGAAGAUAUCUUGAAAUGGUCGCAUGGUGAAUCUAACAAACCUGAUUACUAUAUAGAGAGUAUAGGAGCUUUAAAUUUAAUUUUAGGAAUGUUGAAAUUAAAUGAACGUUUAUAAAAUAAAUAAAGAAUUUUAAAAU